AUGGCUCCACAACCUAUUCCAUUCCCGGGCUUCACCCCGAUAUCUGAUCGUGUCUACCUUCGCAAUGGUCACGAAAAGGCCAAACAAACCCCAGCUGACGAGCCAACAACAAUCCUCAUCUCCGGCUGGGGCGACGGCAUGCCGAAACACGUUACCAAAUAUUCUGACGGCUACCAUGAGCUUUACCCAUCCGCACGGAUCAUCGUUGUUCUAUCACGUACCCUCCACGCCUCCAAUCAACCCGAGGAAGCCAGAAUUGAAGCCAUGAUGCCGGUCGUUGACACCAUCUUCCCAACGCCAACCGGCGACGGAGCCGAGAAGGAGCGUCUACUCGUACAUGCCAUGUCAAAUACAGGCGCCAUCUUCGCUGCCGCCACUGUCGUCGCAUAUCAACGACGCCAUGGCACAGAUAAACCAUUCCCCCACCCGCUCAUGGUGUUGGAUUCCACGCCUGGAAGUCUGGACUUCCCAUCUCAGGUUCCCAGAUGGUCUCGUGCCAUGGCGGUCGGAACGGCCAAAUUCUUCCCCUGGCCCUUCAUUAUCACCCAGGGUAUCUGGUAUAUUUUCCUCUGGGUGAACUACCUGUUGCAACGCAUGCGCGGCCAGGAGGCGUCAGGCGUGUGGGCGGACCGCAUCAUAAAUGAUCAGUCCUAUGUCACGACCGAUUCUAGCAGAGUUUACCUUUACUCCAAGGAAGAUGAGAUUAUUGGUUACAAGGAUUUGGAGGCGAGUGCUGCUCAUGCCAAGGUGUUGGGAUACUCGAUUGAUUUGGAGAUGUUUGAGGGCUCCUCGCAUGUCGGCCAUAUGAGACUUCAUCCUGAACAAUAUUGGAAUAAGGUUGCUGGCUCCUGGAAACAGGCCAUGGAGAAGAAAUAA